CUCGGGCAGGUUUUACUUUGAAUUUAUGGGAGAACAGUUCUGCCGGCUCUGCCAGGUGGGUUGGGCAGUGCUCUUACGGCGGGCAAGGACCGUGACAGAGCCAGGGGCGGGUCCGGCCCCCGGACCGUGCAGGUACGUGCGAGAAGGCCGCUUUCGCAUUGAGGAGAGGACACUGACGGCUUUCCAGUGGCUCUACUCGCCCCAGCAGCACCGCAUUGUCAGCCGGGCAGACCUGGGCUCCCCCAGCAGGAUCGACAAGACAAUGCUGGCCAGCCUGAAGAUCAAGAAACAGGAGCUGCUGAACAGCGCGGAUGUGCCGGUGGCGGAGCGGCCCCUGUCCCCGCCGCUCACGGCCCCGCCGACCAUGAAGUCGGCAGAAUUCUUCGAAAUGCUGGAAAAAAUGCAGGCACCAAAACUGGAAGAACAGAAGUCUGGGAGCCAAAAACACAAGGAAGACUACAUCCCAUACCCCAGCAUCGACGAGAUCCUCGAGAAGGGCAGCCCAUACCCGCUGAUCAUCCUGCCCCAGUUUGGGGGCUACUGGAUAGAAGACCCAGAAAACCUUGGCACGCCCACCUCGUCUGACAGCAGCAUCUGCGAGGAGGAGGAGGAAAACCUCAGCCCCAGCACCUUUGGCUACAAGCUGGAGUGCAAGGGAGAGGCCAGAGCCUACCGCAAGCAUUUCCUGGGGAAGGAUCAUUUAAAUUUCUACUGUACAGCCAGCAGCCUCGGAAAUCUGAUCCUUUCUGUGAAGUGCGAGGAGACAGAUGGCACAGAAUAUUUAAGGGUUAUACUCAGGUCCAAAGUGAAGACGUUGCAUGAACGGAUUCCACUGGCAGGAUUCAGCAAACUCCCAAGUAUCCCCCAGAUUGCAAAGGCCUUCUGUGACGAUGCCUCUGGGCUGAAGUUCAACCCGGUUCUCUACCCCAAGGCAUCCCAGAUGAUCGUGGCUUAUGAUGAGCAUGAGGUCAACAACACGUUCAAGUUCGGUGUGAUCUAUCAGAAGUUCAGGCAGACCCAAGAGGAGGAGCUGUUUGGCAAUAACGAAGAGAGCGCUGCCUUCAAGAACUUCCUAAGUUUUCUGGGAGACACCAUAACUCUCCAAGACUUCAAAGGUUUUCGAGGAGGCCUGGAUGUCAGCCAUGGGCAGACGGGAGCGGAGUCUGUGUACACGGUGUUCAGGGACAGGGAGAUCAUGUUUCAUGUCUCUACAAAGCUGCCUUUUACUGAAGGAGACACACAACAACUCCAGAGGAAGAGGCACAUUGGCAAUGACAUCGUGGCAAUCAUCUUCCAAGAGGAGAACACACCAUUUGUCCCAGACAUGAUUGCCUCCAACUUCCUGCACGCCUACAUUGUGGUGCAGGUGGAAAACCCCGAGGGGGAUAACACGGUGUACAAGGUGUCGGUCACAGCCCGGGAAGACGUUCCCUCCUUUGGUCCUCCCCUGCCGAGCCCACCAGUGUUCCAGAAGAGCCCCGAGUUCCGGGAGUUCCUGCUGACCAAGCUCAUCAAUGCUGAGAACGCCUGCUGCAAGUCUGACAAGUUUGCCAAGCUGGAGGACAGGACUCGGGCUGCCUUGCUGGACAACCUGCACGACGAGCUGCACGGGCACACACAGACCAUGCUGGGGCUGGGCCCCGAGGAGGACAAGCUGGAGAAUGGGGGUCAUGGAGGCUUCCUGGAGUCCUUCAAGAGAGCCAUCCGUGUGCGCAGCCACUCGAUGGAGACCAUGGUGGGCAGCCAGAGGAAGCACCACGGGCCGGGCAUCCCGGGCAGCCUCAGCGGGGGCAUCGCGCACAACAGCGGCGAGGUCACCAAGACCACCUUCUCGCCCCCUGUCCCGGCUGCUGCUGCCAAGAACCAGUCCAGGAGCCCCAUCAAGCGCCGGUCAGGGCUGUUCCCUCGCCUGCACACCACCUCAGAGAGCCAGGCCGAGAGCAGGACAAGGUGUGACAGCGUUUCUGGAGCCCAGAAGACACCAGAUUUAGGACAUUCUUCCCAAGAGAUGAAAUCUGAAACCUCCUCCAACCCCAGCUCCCCUGAAAUAUGCCCCAACAAAGACAGGCCUUUUCUCAAGCUGAAAGAGAACGGGCGCUCGAACAUCUCCCGUUCCUCCUCCAGCACCAGCAGCUUCAGCAGCACGGCGGGGGAGAGCGAGACCCUGGAGGAGUACGACAGCGUGGGGAGCCAGCCCUCCACGGCGUCGCCCUUCAAGCAGGACGUGUUUGUGUACAGCGCUUCCCCCGGCAGCGAGAGCCCCGGCGUGGGCGCCCCGGCCACCCCUGUCAUCAUGAGCAGGAGCCCCACAGCAGAUCUAAAGAACAGAAACUCUCCGAGGUCCAACCUGAAGUUCCGCUUUGACAAGCUGAGCCACGGCAGCUCCAGCAUGAGCCACUAGCAGGAGGAAACCAUGAGCUUGCAGAAUGUUUCAACAAAGGGAAAAAUCUUCAACACCCCAUGGGACCACGCACGCCCCGGCCAUGGGCAGCGAGGUGCCCUCGCCUGCUGGCUGCCUGCUACACCAGAAAAGAGCUCUCACCUUGCUGCAGUCCUGUCCUGGCAGGCAGCAGCCACCUCCUCACCUGGAGUCCCCUGUCCAGCACACCCUGCGUGCAGGAGGAGACGUGUCUCUGCACACACGUGCCAGGGCCAUGUCCCCUCCUGGUGCUCUGCUGGGUCACCCUGUGCUUGCCCACAUGUGCUGCAGCUGCUGGGCACCGUCCAUUCCCCUCUCCCUGGGUUGCCUGGUGGCUCCUUUUGGGCAGAGGGGCAGCAGGAGAGACCUCUGCAUAUUUUAGGUCUCUCCAUGCUUUAUUUGCAGUUAUCAGUGGGAAACAGGGGGUUAUGUUUGUUUUUUGAAGGGUGGGGGGUCAGGCCAAAGUUAGUGUUAGUGGCUCUGGGGCAAUUUGCAAUUGUUUGCUGUUCUCUUCUCUGGGGGCAAUGGGGCAAAACCUCCCUGGGGGAGUCCUGGGCUGCUCUCCCUGGAGUGGGGUCUGCAGUGUCUCUCCAUCCAUCCCCCAGCUCCUACCUACACCCCAAAUCCCUUGGGGCAAAGGCAGCCCCUCACUCCAAACCUGCUCAGUUUCCUGCACAAGAGGCAGGUGAGUGAGGUGGCAAGGGAGUGGGGCUGGGGACUGCAGCCAGCUCAUCCUCCUUGGCAGGUUCCUCCUCCCUGCUCCAUCCCUGCCUGACACUGAGCACAGAGCUAAAGCUGUGCUGUAUCACAGCUUUGGCUUUUCUAAGUACUAGAACUGGAACUGCAGGGGAUUUACCUGGUGGGCUCUGCUUUGCCCUAUGGCUUGGAUCACCAGGCGAGCGAAUGCAUAGAGCAGUGAUUUGUGAGGUGUUAGGCUGCUCCAGCCCUUGCAGAGUCUGUCCUGCAAGUUCUUGUUAUUCUGAAAGGAUUAGAGAUUCUGCAAGGUAACUUUCCCAUAAUGCCCUUUCCCAGAAAAUACCUCUCUCAACAUGCCAAGAAAUCCUUUUGCUCCUUUAUGGAACUUCACGUGAAGUUUCCUGAAGCCUGUCCGUAGAUUUCACAUUGCUCAUAGAUUUCCCUUACCCAGACAGGCCAUGAUGCUGCAGAGAUUUUCCCCCCUCUCCCAUAGCCUUGGAAACCCCCAUGAAAUCAGGUUCUCAGUCUCAAGUGAACACAGUUUUUUGAGUUUGUGAUUCCUACUGAAAACAGGACUUUGAGUGCCAAAGUCACCUUCCCCUGAUGGGUGCUCCACUGUGGCUGUGGCUGCUUCUGCUCCCCUCUCUCUUGUAGGAUUCAACCAUCACCUCCCCUCGUCCCUGCUCUCCCCUGGCCAGAGCCAGCAGCUGCUGUGCCCGCCCUGGUCCUGCAGGGAGGUGCUCCCCGAGAGCCUUACAGCCCUGCUCACAUCGGUGCUCUGCUCUGCUGUGAUUAAUCCAUGUGGGAAGGCUGGAGGGGAACCAGGUUAAAGAAGGACAGUUGUGAAAAGGCAAGGAACAGUUUCACCGGCCCUGAGUGCUGUGUAGGACGAGUACCUAUGGAUAACUCCCAUGGGGAUGCUCCCUGCUGCUCCCAGCCUGUUGCACUUCAGUGGAGUUUAAGCCUCGAGUUCCCUGUGGAAGAGGGGCAGGGCAUGUGCUCAGCCCAGCCUGUAGCUGUAGGUGUCUCAGGAUCACACACUUUGCUGUUCAGCACUUGCCUGAUGAUGCUUCAGUAGCACUUUCAAACCCACCCCAGCUCUCCUGUUAGAAGCUUUGGUCUGGUUUCCUGAGGCUGCAGUGAGACACUGACUGGUGCAAUGACUCUCUUCAGGGUCUGCUCUGGGUUUGCUUUUUCCUCCGAGCAGUCACUUGGUUCUGUAGGUGUCGUCAUUCCUGUGGGUGUUGAUCUCCGUGAGAUCUUUCAGCAGACAAUGCAGUGGCUACUGUCAGCUGGUUUGCCAUUUUUGGUUGUUUUGUUGCUGCUUUUUUUCACUUGAAACUGUGGCUUUCCUUUUUGACCUGGAUUGAUUUGGGAAUUACUGAAUCGGGACUAAGAGGCAGUAGAGUGUGCAGCCUCAGGGAGAGUUCAGUGCUCUGGGCUCGUCUCUGCUGUGCUGGAGCAGCGCUGGGGCUGGGGUCUGGCGUGAGGUUUGGGACAUUUCCAGCAGCACUCCUCACCAAGGGCCCAAGCCCCGCUUUAGGCUCCACCAGAGCUGGAUCUGCACGCCCGGGCUGUCCUGGGCUGUCCCGGGGCAGUGCUGGAGCUGAGAAGUGCUUGUGCCACAUCCCAGGGACUUCUGCACUUCCAGCAGUGGGUGAAGCUGUUCCUGUAUAUAUUUUGCAAAAUGUUUUGUGCUUAUGAGUGACACUUAUACAUCUAUACAUAUAUAAAAGGGAUAUAUAUAUACAUAUAUAUAUAUAUGUGUAUAAAAUAUAUAUAUCUAUAUAUAUGAAGGAAAGGAACCUUAACUGACACUAGAAUUACUGGGCAGUGCAUUUUCCUUUCUGGUUCCACAGUUUCCAUGCACAGACCCUGUGCCCUCCUCAGCAGUGGCACUGCAGGGGGAGCAGAGGGGGCUCAGAAAUGCCUCAGGGGUGUUGGGGAGGCCCCUGCUGUGUGAGGGCUCUGCUGCUGGGGCUGCUUCCCUUCCCCUUCCCCUUCCCCUUCCCCUUCCCCUUCCCCUUCCCCUUCCCC